UCGAGGCUGUGACACAGAAAGCAUGGCUGCGCUCUUGAGAACUGCCCGGUUACUUUUAUCUCAUUCGCAUUUGCUUCACAUCCCAGGGACCAGAAGAAGCGUGCCGCUGCUUGGCCGGGUGUACAGCGGGGCUGUCGGUGGCAGAAGGACAGAAAUUUGUUCGCGGGAAAUCAGCCGUAUUUCUGGUAGCCUGUCCCGAAAUGUGGGGCAGCAUGCUGCGGCCUUGGAAAACAGGGACGAAACUGGUGUGUGGUCCAGUCAGGCGCAGCAUUUUGACUGGGCCCUGAAUAAAAUGGACAGUUCUGUGAAGAGGACGGGUCGCAUCACCAAGGAUUUGCUGCUCCGCAUAUUCAAUGAUAUUUGCAGGACAGGUCAUCCCAGCGGAAAUCAGAUCUUGUUGCUGCUGCGCAGUUGUGGGUCUCUGCUGCCUGAGGUGCCGGUGGAGGAACGAAAUAAGCUGGCACACAGAGUGUGGGAUAAGCUGCAGGAGCUGGGUGCACGGUUUGAUGUCAGUCACUACAACGCCUUGCUGAAGGUUUACCUGCAGAAUGACUUCAGGUUUUCCCCCACUGACUUUCUGGCCAAAAUGGAAGAAGCGAACAUCCAACCCAACAGAGUAACAUACCAGAGAUUAAUAGCAGCUUACUGCCAAACAGGAGAUAUUGAAGGAGCCAGUGACAUCGAUAGUGCUGCGAACAUUCUGUCUGUGAUGCGGGAAUCAGGGAUCGAACCGGGCCCUGACACGUACGUGUCGCUGCUGAAUGCUUAUGCUGAGAGGGGAGAUCUGGACAGUAUGAACAAGACUUUGGAGGCAGCAGAGAGCGCAGACUGUAGUCUGAUGGAUCAGAACAUCUUGCAGGUUAUUUCUACUCUGGCCAAGGCUGGACAUCACCAGCACAUACCAGCGAUGAUUGAACUCCUGAGGCACGAUGUCGGUUUUGUACCAGAUGCCAUGAACACGACUCUGAACCUCAUCACCGAAGGACAUGAAGAUAUAGCUUUCAGCAUCAUAAAGAGCUUCCCUUUAAAUGAAGAUGGGGAUUCCAACACGGGAAACUUCUUCCUCAAGCACUGCAUCAACAUGGACAAGCCACUGGAGAAGGUUGUCUUAUACUGCAAAGAGCUUGAGGAGCUGAAACUGCACAGUGCACCAUUGACCUUUGCUCUUUUAUGUGCUCUGGAGGCCAACAAAACUGCUAUGGCUUUAGAGCUGAUGGAGAAAUUGAAGGAGCGGAACUUUCCUAUAAGGCUGCAUUACUUCUGGCCCCUUCUCACACAGCAACUAAAAGAGAACAACGUAGCCGGUGUGAUAGAGGUGGUCAAAGGAAUGGAAAAGUUAGGUGUGACUCCAGACCAGGACACUGUAUACACCUACAUCCUCCCUGUCUUCUCCGACAUCGAGGCGGCUCAGCAAGCCCUUAAGAAUGCUGGUAUAUCAGUGGAGAGCGAGAGCCUUUUGGUGUCAGAAGUUCGCACCUUGGCUAUGAGCGACCUGGCCAAAUUGUACACCCUAUUGUCUGAUCCUUCUCACCCCUCGCUGAACAUCAUGGCUUUCCGUGGCAGCCUUAUCAAAGGUUUCAAAGAGUCUUCAGAUGUGGAGACCAUGGUAAAGAUAUUUGAGCUCAUGUUCACAGACGAGCGCUUCUGUGAAAACUCAAACCCUGCUGAAUCUACAUCCUAUCUACUCUACAGUCUGAUCAGCAACAUGUCAGCAAACCAGCUGCAGGAACAGGAAACUAAACUGAGAGAUUUCUUUAAUCAGCUUAAAGCUAAGAAUAUUACCAUUUCAAGGAACAUCUGUAAAGGCAUUCAGAAACUUCUGGAGUCCUCGCACAUCCAUGAGCUCAGCAAGGAUGUGGUUGCUUUGGUGGAUCCCAGUGAAAAAAUAUUCCAUGGGGUCGAGUCAUCUGAUUUUCAUUCACAAGAUCUUGAAAGCAAGACUUUGGAAUUUGAGAAAAAAAUAAAUGAACUAAAAGCAGAAAACAAACCAUACAGCCAUGUUUUAAGACAAGCCAUAUGGUUCCUGAGUUCCAAGAAGGACCUGCAGAACGCCCUUGAGCUGAAGCUGCAGCACCAAAAGGAGAUGACACCCGCGGCUUACUCUAUUCUCAUCAGCAUGUGCUGUCACCACAACAAUGUGGAGGAGGCGCUCGACCUGAAGAGGGAGUUGAGCUGUAUGGACUCAUCUUAUGCACUGGAUGCCAGUAAAAGCAUCACACUGGUCAAGACACUAAUACAGAAUGGCAAAAUUGAAGAGGCGGUGGACUUGCUGAAGGAGAUGAAAGCGAAGAAUGUGGAGCUGACAAACAUCCACAUAGACUCUCUUUUUCACAUGUUUAACCUGAUGAAGGACGACAUCCCCACUCUCCGACGACUUCAGGAAACCAUCUUCUCUCUUGGACUGGCAAAGCCAUCCACCAAUCUCUGCUCACCUUUGAUUUCAGCUUACCUGUCCAGCAACGAUGUGGCCGGAGCUCUCGACGCAGCCAUGGAGUGUCAAACGCUCUACCACAAGUUUCCGCUCACCCAUAGCAUCUUGGUGGCUCUGGUGGAGAAAGGAGACACCGAUUUACUGCAAAAAGCCUUGGACUUUAUUUCUCGGGAGUAUGGGGAGAUGGCCAUGAUGUAUGAUCUCUUAUUCGUCUUCCUGCAGACAGGCCGUUACAAUGAAGCUCGCAAAAUCAUUAAGACCCCUGGGCUGAAAGCAAAACCUGGACGCUUCCAUUGGUUUGCAGAGAAAUGCAUUUUUAAUAACGAGAUGGAGGUCUUGGAGCAGUUUGUGGAGAUGACAGGCACGCUGUUUGAUUCUGACAGAGAUGAGAUGUACAGCUACAUCUUCAGGCUCUGCAAGGAAACAAAUAACUGGAAGAAGGCAGAAGCUGCAUGGACAAAGAUGCAGGAAGAGAACGUGAUUCCCAGGGAGAGGACACUGCGUUUGCUGGCUAAUAUCCUGAAGAGUAAUGGUCAGGAGGUGCCCUUUGAUUUGCAAGAGUUAUGGCACGAAGAAGUCAGCACCGCACAGCCGGUCAACUCAUCAUCAGACCCUUCGACAGCAGAAGUUUCAGAGCAAUAUCUGCUGAGUCUUUGUGAUAAGUCCAAAGACAGAGAAGCAUUUGAGAUGCUGAAGGUGGCAAAAGGUGUGCCACUAUCCUCACUCGUGUACAAUAAAGUGAUCUGUUGUCUGUUGUCUAAAGGAUCACUUGAGGACGCCUUGGCCGUCAGAAAAAUGGCUCUGUCCCGUAUUCCCCAAUUCAAGCUGAACAGGUCCGCCAUCAAUUUAUUAAUCAUCACGCACAGCUUGAGAGGCUGUGGGACAGAGGCUUUGGACUGUAUGAAGUCUAUGGUUCAGGCAAAUUUUAAGCCCUCGACUCUAGCCAUCAACAGGCUGGCUCAGGCCCUCUCUAAAGCUGGCAGCGUGGCAGAAAUUGAAGAGCUGGAGGCACUAGUAAAGACCUUCGACAAACCCCCCAACCUGAGCAGCAUGGUCUUUGUCAAUAACAAAACUCUGGCGCACAUCAACAAUGGUGAUUUGGACUCAGCAGUACAGCUGUUGGAAGACAUCUACACGAAUCCAAACUGCUCACACGGCAGCAUGGCUUAUGUCUUCGGAAAGGUUAUGGAAUCUGGCAACGAUGAGGCUUUAGACAGAUUGAGUAAUAUGGCAGAGCGCCUAAUCAACCACUUCGCCUGCGGCAUACCAGCUGCAGAUCUCUUCCUCCUGCUGGUGAAUAUGAACAAAAUAGAGGAGGCCAAAGCAAUGCUGGAUCGCUGCACAGGACUGGCUGAAGAAAGACGCAGUUUUUUGUCCUUUGUGGCUAACAAGGCUCAGAUUCCUGGAGAGAUUAAAAAGAUCAAGAACCUGAUGAACCUGGUUCCAGACUUCGAAAGCAAAGAACUUCUGAAUUCAUACCUGAUAAAGGCUUACACUGUGGAUAAAAACCUGCCGAUGGCCAAGGCUUUGUACGAGCAGAUGAUGAAGGAGGGGGUUGCUGUGAACGAGCUGGCACUCAAACGACUGGCUCUUCUUUACAAAGAAGCCGGAGAGGACGUACCCUUUAUUGAGCCCCCUGAGUCCUUUCAGUAUUACGCAAAAAAACUGAAAGAGCAAGUCAGAGGGAGCCAGGAAACAGAAGCAGAGUGAAAAUUCACCACAUCCCCAUUCCUGAAAACAAAUCCCUCCUGUUUUUGUUUUUUUCUCUUUUUUACAAGUUAGUUGAGCUGAAAUGUUGAAUAUUGUUGUAACUGUUGGAUGUUUAGACUUUACCUUGUAACAACGAUGACAUGGACAAAGAUGAUGAGAAUGUACAGGAGUAUUAUGCUAAUAAAGUACAUCAAAUUGUA